CCAGUGACAUGUGGAGGAGUGGAAGCCGAUUGUGACUGAACGUUCGUUCAGCUGUCAGAAGAACGCCGUUCACUCUCUCCCUACCUGCACUUUCACCACCAUGGGGACUUAACCGAGGAUAGCACGGUGGAAUUGAUCCUGCGCUGACCCAAUUAGUGUCCGUUCCUUUCGCUGCUUUGCUGCCUUAACUUAAUUUGGACCAGGUGCCGUUAAGCGUGAGGAGCCAUGUCGGACAAGAUGUCCAGUUUCCUCCAUAUAGGGGAUAUUUGUUCCCUAUAUGCAGAGGGCUCCACCAGUGGAUUUAUCAGCACCUUGGGGCUUGUGGAUGACCGCUGUGUGGUUCAACCUGACACAGGCGACCUCAACAACCCACCCAAGAAAUUCAGAGAUUGCCUUUUCAAAUUGUGUCCAAUGAACAGAUACUCAGCACAGAAACAAUUCUGGAAAGCAGCAAAACCUGGAGGCAACAGCACCACCGACACUGUUCUCCUCACCAAACUACACCACGCGGCUGACUUGGAAAAGAAGCAGAAUGAGUCUGAGAAUCGCAAGUUGCUCGGAUCAGUCAUACAGUAUGGAAAUGUCAUUCAGCUGCUGCAUUUGAAAAGCAAUAAGUACCUGACAGUGAACAAGCGUCUACCUGCACUGCUGGAAAAGAAUGCCAUGAGGGUGACACUGGACUCGGCGGGAAAUGAGGGAUCCUGGUUCUAUAUUCAGCCUUUCUACAAAUUGCGCUCCCUGGGAGACAGUGUGGUGAUUGGAGAUAAAGUUGUCCUUAACCCCGUGAACGCUGGACAGCCUCUACACGCCAGCAGUCACCAGCUCGUCGAUAACCCGGGAUGCAAUGAGGUUAAUUCUGUGAAUUGCAACACAAGUUGGAAAGUUGUUUUAUUCAUGAAAUGGAGUGACAACAAGGAAACCAUCCUGAAAGGGGGAGAUGUUGUUCGCUUGUUCCACGCAGAGCAAGAAAAGUUCCUCACGUGUGACGACCACCUAAAAAAGCAAUACGUGUUCCUGAGAACAACAGGCCGCCAGUCUGCCACAUCGGCCACCAGCAGCAAGGCACUCUGGGAAGUCGAAGUGGUCCACCAUGACCCGUGUCGGGGAGGUGCGGGAUACUGGAACAGCCUGUUCAGGUUUAAACAUUUGGCAACUGGUUGCUAUUUGGCUGCAGAGGUAAACCCCGACUUGGAGGAAGAGAGCGUUGAGCAACGAUCGGCAGUGGUGGACUUCACACCCUUUAAUUUCCAGCUGGAUGCAGAUAAUGAAGCCUUACGUGGCCGUCUACGGGCCCCUCAAGAGAAAAUCAUGUAUACCCUUGUCCCGGUCCCAGAUGGCAUGGAAAUCUCGUCCAUCUUUGAGUUAGACCCCACCACUUUGAGAGGCGGAGACUCCAUGGUGCCCAGGAGUUCCUAUGUGCGGCUAAAACACUUGUGUACCAAUACGUGGGUCCACAGCACCAACCUCCCCAUUGACAAAGAGGAGGAAAAGCCCGUCAUGUUGAGAAUUGGAACUUCAGGAGUGAAAGAAGACAAGGAGGCUUUUGCUAUUGUGCCUGUGCCGCCAGCAGAGGUGCGGGAUUUAGACUUUGCCAACGAUGCAAGUAAAGUCUUGGCCUCAAUUGCAGGCAAACUGGAAAAGGGGACCAUCACGCAGAAUGAAAGAAGGUUUGUGACCAAGCUUCUGGAAGAUCUCGUCUUCUUUGUGGUGGACAUCCCAAACAGCGGACAGGAUGUUUUGGAGAUCAUGGUAAACAAACCUAACAGAGAAAGGCAGAAACUCAUGAGAGAGCAGAAUAUCCUCAAGCAGAUCUUCAAGCUUCUUCAAGCCCCUUUCACAGACAGCGGUGAUGGUCCUAUGCUUCGGCUAGAAGAGCUGGGCGAUCAACGGCACGCGCCUUUCCGACACAUUUGCAGGCUUUGCUACCGAGUGCUACGCCACUCUCAGCAGGACUACAGAAAGAACCAGGAAUAUAUAGCCAAGCAGUUUCGCUUCAUGCAGAAACAAAUUGGCUAUGACGUGCUUGCGGAAGACACAAUAACCGCUCUGCUCCACAACAAUCGAAAGUUGCUCGAGAAACAUAUCACCGCGGCAGAGAUUGACACGUUUGUCACUCUUGUGAGGAAGAAUCGAGAACCGAGGUUUUUGGACUACCUGUCGGACCUCUGCGUGUCCAUGAACAAAUCCAUCCCUGUGACGCAGGAGCUCAUCUGCAAUGCAGUGCUCGAUCUGAACAACGCCGACAUCCUCAUCGAAACUAAGUUAGUUUUAUCGAGGUUUGAGGUUGAAGUCGUGACAAAUGGUCCAAAUCCAAUCGAGGCUGAAGAUGAAGAGGAGGUGUGGCUCUUCUGGAAAGACAAUUUCAAGGAUAUACGAAGUAAGAGCGUGCGAGAGUUGGCCCAGGAUGCAAAGGAGGGUCAGAAGGAGGACCAUGAGGUGGUCAGUUAUUACAGGUGCCAACUCAACCUUUUUGCCCGGAUGUGUCUGGACCGUCAGUACUUGGCCAUCAAUAAGAUCUCAGGGCAGCUCGACGUGGAUUUGAUCCUUCGCUGUAUGUCCGAUGAGGAUCUGCCUUAUGACUUGCGGGCUUCCUUCUGUCGCCUCAUGCUGCACAUGCAUGUGGACCGAGAUCCCCAGGAGCAGGUCACGCCUGUCAAAUACGCCCGUCUCUGGUCCGAGAUCCCCUCGCAAAUUACAAUUGACGACUAUGACAACGAUGGAACCAGCAGAGAUGAGAUCAAGGAGCGGUUUUGCCUCACUAUGGAUUUUGUUGAAAACUACUUGAGAGAGGUGGUGUCACAAAAUGUUCCCUUCUCUGACAAGGAGAAAAACAAGCUGACCUUUGAGGUAGUGAAUCUAGCAAGGAACCUCAUCUACUUUGGUUUCUACAACUUCAGUGACCUGUUAAGGCUGACAAAGAUACUGCUGAAUAUUUUAGACUGUGUCCACGUGAGCACCGUGUACCCCAUCAACAAGAUUGAGAAGGAAGAGCAAAACACAGCUGGCAGUAAUGUGAUGAAGUCCAUUCAUGGAGUCGGGGAACUCAUGACCCAGGUCGUGCUGCGAGGAGGCGGUUUGCUGCACACCACACCCACUCAUCAGCCAGAGGGCGAUGUCGUUAAAGCCCAAGCGGAACCGGAGAGAGAAGACAUCAUGGUCAUGGACACCAAGCUGAAAAUCAUUGAAAUUCUACAGUUCAUCCUAAACGUGCGGCUAGACUACAGGAUCUCCUGCCUACUCUGUAUUUUCAAACGAGAGUUUGAUGAAAACAACCAGCAAUCAGAAAAUGCUGCCAGCCAGAACGGAACUAAUAACGUCAGCAGUCAGAUGCCGGGAAAUCUUGACUUUGAAAAUAUUGAGGAGCAGGCGGAAGGAAUAUUUGGAGGAAGUGAAGAGAACACUCCACUCGACCUGGACGACCACGGCGGGCGCACCUUCCUAAGAGUGCUUCUGCACCUUACCAUGCAUGACUACCCUCCUCUCGUGUCCGGAGCGCUUCACCUGCUCUUCCGACACUUCAGCCAGAGACAGGAAGUUCUCAUGGCUUUCAAACAGGUCCAACUCCUCGUGACCAGGCAGGAUGUGGACAACUACAAACAGAUCAAAUCGGACCUCGACCAAUUGCGUUCCAUUGUGGAGAAAUCCGAGCUGUGGGUUUACAAACGACAAGGAGAAGAUGGGAUGGAUGGAGAUGGACCCUCAGAGUCAGACAGCAAGAAGAAAGGGGACUGUCUAAGUUCUGACAAAAACAGCACAGAAAGCACCAGCAACUACAACUACAGGGUUGUCAAAGAGAUUCUGCUGCGUCUCAGUAUGCUUUGCGUCCAGGAGGGCAGCUCAGGGAAGAAGACUAAGAAACAGCAGCAGAGGUUGUUGAGAAACAUGGGAGCACACAGUGUGGUGCUGGAGCUUUUACAGAUCCCCUACGAAAAGGGCGAGGAUGUUCGCAUGCAGGAAAUCAUGAAACUGGCUCACGAGUUUCUGCAGAAUUUCUGUGCAGGCAACCAGCAAAACCAAGCUCUUCUUCACAAGCAUAUCAGCCUUUUUCUUAACCCGGGGAUUCUCGAGGCCAUCACCAUGCAGCACAUUUUCAUGAAUAACUUCCAACUCUGCAGCGAGAUCAACGAGCGCGUGGUUCAACACUUUGUCCACUGCGCCGAGACUCACGGUCGACACGUCCAGUACCUCAAGUUCCUUCAAACUAUUGUGAAGGCUGAGAACAAGUUCAUCAAAAAGUGCCAAGACGUGGUCAUGGCUGAGCUUGUAAACUCAGGAGAGGACGUGUUGGUCUUCUACAACGACCGCGCAUCUUUUCAAACAUUAAUUCAAAUGAUGCGCUCGGAGCGGGACCGUAUGGACGAGAACAGCCAGUUGAUGUACCACAUUCACCUGGUGGAGCUGCUCGCUGUCUGCACGGAGGGCAAAAACGUCUACACCGAGAUCAAAUGCAACUCCCUGCUACCCCUGGAUGACAUCGUGCGGGUCGUCACGCAUGAAGAUUGUAUUCCUGAGGUCAAGAUCGCCUACAUCAACUUCCUGAACCACUGCUAUGUCGACACCGAAGUAGAAAUGAAGGAGAUUUAUACAUCCAACCACAUGUGGAAGCUGUUUGAAAACUUCCUGGUGGACAUUUGCCGGGUGUGCAACAACACCAGUGACAGGAAGCACGCAGACACCAUGCUGGAGUGUUACGUAACCGAGACAGUCAUGAGCAUCGUCACGUGUUUCUUCAGCUCUCCUUUUUCUGAUCAGAGCACAAGCCUGCAGACUCGACAGCCCGUGUUCGUACAACUGCUGCAGGGGGUUUUCCGAGUGUUCCACUGUAACUGGCUUAACCCUGUGCAGAAAGCUGCAGUGGAGGCUUGCAUUAAAGUCCUCUCAGAUGUUGCUAAGAGCAGAGCCAUCGCCAUCCCAGUGGAUCUGGACAGUCAAGUGAAUAAUUUAUUCGUCAAGUCCAAUAAUGUUGUCCAGAAGAGCCUCCUCAACUGGAAACUGUCAGCUAAAAGCACAUCUAGGCGAGAUUCUGGAAUUCCAACCUCCAAAGACUAUAGGAACAUCAUCGAAAGGCUUCAGGACAUUGUUUCCGCUCUGGAGGACCGUCUCCGGCCGCUGGUCCAAGCCGAGCUCUCGGUGCUUGUGGAUGUCCUGCAUCGUCCCGAGUUGCUCUUCCCUGAGAACACGGAAGCUCGCAAGAAAUGUGAAAGUGGAGGAUUCAUAUCCAAACUCAUUAAACACACCAAGCAGUUGCUGGAGGAGAACGAGGAGCGUCUGUGUAUCAAAGUACUGCAGACUCUCAGGGAGAUGAUGACAAAGGACCGUGGCUACGGAGAGAAGCUGAUUGCCUUUGAUGAUGAAAUGGAUGUGGCUGAGCUGGCACCUCCACCUGAACCCGAAGUCCCCGAUGAGGAGCUUGACCCCAACCAGCCUCAGAAGCAACUGGAGGAUCAGAGGAGGGGAGAAGUAUUGCGGCAGAUCCUGGUCAACCGAUACUAUGGAAAUGUCAAAUCUGGGCCGAGGAGAGAUAGUCACACGCCAUUCAGCAAUGCCCCACUUUCCACUGGUUCACAGGGGAAGCCUCUUACAGUUGUCAGCUCCGGGGUUGGAGGGCGAGGGGAACUGAGUUUGGCAGAGGUCCAGUGCCACCUGGAUAAAGAGGGAGCUUCUGAUCUGGUGAUUGACCUCAUCAUGAAUGCCACCAGUGAUCGCAUUUUCCAAGAAAGCAUACUGCUGGCCAUCGCCCUACUGGAAGGUGGAAACACGGUCAUCCAGCGCUCAUUCUACCAGCGUUUGACAGGCGAUAACAAGUCCGAGAAAUUCUUCAAGGUGUUCAAUGAACGCAUGAAGCUGGCCCAGCAGGAAAUCAAGGCCACGGUGACCGUGAACACCAGUGACUUGGGCAACAAGAAGAAAGAUGAGGAGCCUCCCGACAAAGACACGCCAGCGCGCAACAAAGUUAAGGACGUGGCGCUGGUGGCUGCGGUUACAGAGGAGGUGAAGGAGCAGCUGGUGGAAGCCUCAGCUGUCACCAAGAAGGCCUUCACAACAUACCGUCGUGAGGUUGAAGCUGAAGAGCACCAAGCAGCAGCCGACAGCUCCUCCCUAGCAACCGCCGAUAAGGGCCAGGAGGACGGCGAGAUGAGUGUCAUCAUCACCAUCAUGCAGCCCAUCUUGCGCCUCAUGCAACUGCUGUGUGAAAAUCACAACAGAGAUCUGCAGAACUUCCUACGCAAUCAAAAUAACAAGAACAACUACAACCUGGUUUGCGAGACACUUCAAUUCCUGGACUGUAUUUGCGGCAGCACCACGGGGGGUCUGGGGCUGCUCGGACUGUACAUCAACGAGAAGAAUGUGGGACUCAUCAACCAGACAGUGGAGAGCCUCACUGAAUACUGCCAAGGUCCCUGUCAUGAGAACCAGAACUGCAUCGCGACGCACGAAUGCAAUGGCAUUGACAUUAUCAUAGCGCUUAUCCUCAAUGACAUCAAUCCACUUGGCAAGAAGAGGAUGGACUUGGUGUUGGAACUGAAAAAUAACGCCUCCAAGCUUCUUCUUGCCAUUAUGGAGAGUCGUCACGAUAGCGAGAAUGCCGAAAGGAUCCUGUACAACAUGAGGCCUAAAGAGCUGGUUGAAGUGAUCAAGAAGGCCUACAUGCAGGGGGAGAUAGAGGUGGAGGAGCCUCAGGAGGGUGAAGACGGAGAAGAAGAACACUCUGCUUCUCCGCGAAAUGUCGGCCACAAUAUCUAUAUCUUGGCACAUCAAUUGGCCCGACAUAACAAGGAACUGCAAGGCAUGUUGAAACCAGGAGGGACGUACGGAGAAGGUGACGAGGCGCUGGAGUUUUACGCAAAGCACACAGCUCAGAUUGAGAUUGUCCGUUUGGACCGAACCAUGGAGCAAAUCGUUUUUCCCGUGCCCAACAUCUGCGAGUUUCUCACUCAAGAGUCCAAACUCCGUGUGUACUACACCACGGAGCGCGACGAGCAAGGCAGCAAGAUAAAUGACUUCUUCUUGCGCUCCGAGGAUCUUUUUAAUGAGAUGAAUUGGCAGAAGAAGCUGCGAGGUACUCAAGAGGCGACUGGUAACGCCAACACCGUUCCCUCCCAGCCCAUCCUCUACUGGUGCUCCAGGAACAUGUCUUUCUGGAGCAGCAUCUCUUUCAACCUGGCUGUUCUCAUGAACCUGCUGGUGGCCUUCUUCUACCCUCUGGAGGGCUUUCGUGAAGGAACCCUGGAACCUCAUCUAUCUGCCUUGCUGUGGCUGGCCAUGCUGGUUUCUCUCGCCAUUGUCAUUGUUCUGCCUCAGCCACACGGUAUCCGGGCACUCAUCGCCUCGACUAUCUUGCGGCUCAUCUUUUCGGUCGGCCUUGAGCCCACCUUACUUCUACUGGGUGGCUUUAAUUUAUGUAACAAAGUCAUCUUCCUGAUGAGCUUUGUUGGCAACCGUGGUACAUUCACACGAGGCUACCGAGCCAUGAUCACCGAUGUGGAGUUCCUGUACCACCUGCUGUACCUGAUUAUCUGCACCCUGGGGGUCUUUGUCCAUGUCUUCUUUUAUAGCCUGCUACUAUUUGAUCUUAUUUAUCGAGAAGAGACCUUGCUGAAUGUUAUCAAGAGUGUGACCCGCAACGGCCGCUCCAUUGUGCUAACAGCGGUGCUGGCGCUGAUUCUUGUCUACCUCUUCUCUAUUGUGGGUUACAUUGUCUUCAAAGACGAUUUCAUUUUAGCUGUCGACAGGAUACCCAACAAAUCCCUGGAACUUGGAGCCAGUAUUAUGGGACAGUUCUUCUCAGGUGGUAUGUGCCAAAAAGAAAAUGGAGAAAACUGUUCUGCAGAAGCUCCUUCUCAUGCCAUCCAACCAUCUGCAGUGGUGAUAGAGGACAAAGAAAGAGCAUGUGACUCCUUACUCAUGUGCAUUGUCACAGUCUUGAGCCACGGCCUUCGGAGCGGGGGAGGUGUCGGGGAUGUACUGCGCAAGCCGUCCAAAGAGGAGCCGCUCUUUGCAGCCAGGGUGAUCUAUGAUCUGCUGUUCUUCUUCAUGGUUAUUAUCAUCGUUCUGAACCUCAUCUUUGGUGUCAUCAUUGAUACGUUUGCGGACCUGAGGAGUGAGAAGCAAAAGAAAGAGGAAAUCCUGAAGACGACAUGUUUUAUCUGCGGUCUGGAGAGAGAUAAAUUUGACAAUAAGACGGUCACCUUUGAGGAGCACAUCAAAGUUGAACACAACAUGUGGCACUACCUCUUCUUCAUCGUCCUGGUGAAGGUCAAAGACUCCACUGAGUACACUGGCCCUGAGAGCUACGUGGCUGAAAUGAUCAGGGAGCACAACUUGGACUGGUUCCCCCGGAUGCGGGCCAUGUCAUUGGUCAGCAGCGACGCAGAUGGGGAACAGAAUGAAAUUCGAAGCCUCCAAGAAAAGCUGGAGUCCACCAUGAAACUGGUGUCCAACCUCUCUGGCCAGCUGACCGAGCUCAAAGAACAGAUGACCGAACAAAGGAAGCAAAAGCAGCGGAUUGGCCUGCUGGGCCACCCGCAGCACAUGAACGUAAACCCGCAACAGCCCGCAUAGGCCCGAGAGACGGCGCCUGAAGCACCUCAGCAUCAGCCUUAUGUCCGGACACGGAAGCCCUUACUCUACCGACCAGUGUGAGUGCAGUCAAUCGGAAUUCGGUAAUUUAGUUGCAGUCUUAAUGUGGAGUGGAGCUCUCUCUACUGUGUGCAGAUCUCACUCCGAACACUGACACUCACCCACCCAGCUCACAAAAAGUGUUUGUGCCAAAUGUUUUCGAUGUAAUAUUACACUGGGUUUAUCCAUGCGUGUCACUUGCAAAUUGGGGAAGGUUCAGUUUCAUUCCCCUCCAUUUUAAAUCAGGUUUCUAUUUUAGGUCAAACAAGCAGUAUUACUUGUUUUUUGUAUUUUGUGCAAUAUAUAAGAUUAAAUAUAGAACCUCAUGUGGAUGUGAGUUCCACAAAACAUUGUAUUUUACAGUUGACCUGUAUUCUGUGUUUAAGUCUCGCUGGAUAAAAUAGGGACUUGAUUUCGAUUUUACGUACGUGACUGUUGCGAUUAUGCUGUAUUUAAUAAGUUAACUGCCUGUUUUUUUUUUUUGUAAUUCUGUAUUUAUUUAAAUUAAGUGUACCGCACUUAAUAAGAAUGUAUUGCAAAAUCAUGCCGUGUUUUCCUUCAUCGGUUUAAAUCCAAACGCCAUUCUCAUUCAUAUCAAUCUACGGUAUUAGAAAGAUUUACUUGUCAAGUAACCCUGCUUCAGUUUACGGAACAGAAUCACAUCUCAUUUGCGGAAAACGUACUCGCUUUGUGACUGUUCUUGUUCGCAAAUUAUUUCUGCUUGCACUUUAAUUUUAAUAAAGAAAUAAGCAGUACAGACUGGGUGGGUGGAUGGAUGGAUGGAUUUUUUUUUACUGUAUGUAUGAAUAGUUUAAGUUUAUUGCUUGCCCUUGACUUUGUAUAGCCAAACUGAUUGAUUGAGAAUACUAAUUGUUAAUUUAGCAUUGUAAGAAAUAACUAAAGAUCAGGGCAAUGCCAUGUUGUAUAUUUAGGUAGAAAUAUCUAUUAAAAUGGAUGUAUUUAUCCUUUA